AUGGCGUCGGCGUUUGUGGAGCCGCGUGAAAUCAUGCAAGAGAAUGCUGUCUUGGAAGCAGAUGUCGGCCUCAAGCUACUCUCCCUCCGCCGACACGAGAAUGAUCAAAGAUUAAAAGGUCGCUUCGAGAGCAUCUUCAAGAAAUACGAAUACGAUUUUGAAGGCAUAGGUGAUGAGAUCGACAUUGUCACUGGAGAGUUGCUAAUCGACAAUGGGCAUCUCAAGAACAUGCGCCAUGAAGCAGAUCCCGAUGCCGGUGGCUCGUCACGACAAAGAACAGACCAUGUGGAGGAACCAGCCUUAAAAGAUUCGCCUCUGGAACUUGAGAGUGACUACAUGUCUGGUUCUGAAACGGAUCAUCUUGAUGAUGCUGACGAAACUGGCGAGGCGGGAGAACAUGCCGAGUCGAACGGUCUGUCCCCUGGUAUGACUAGUGAAGAGCGUGGCAGCUUCCCAGAUGCAUUUGCGAGGCCAAUGCCGCGAUUAGCACAGCUUCUCGUGGAUCAACAAGCCACCUCGGAGAGCAGUCGAACAGCCAACUCUUUAUCUACCGUCGCGGUUGAUGUUAUUCAACCAACUGCAACCCGCUCGGAAUCCGUCGCGGAUUCGCUACCUCAACUAAAUGUCAUGGAGUCUCUGCUUCGCUCAAAUCCUGCACUCGCUCAGCCCGACUUGGACACAAAUGCCAUUCAAGCCCUCGGACUGAGCAUCGCUGCUGGUCUCUUCAAAAUGAUGUCGAAGACGCCCACAGAGUCUGCUGAACGAGAGGAGGUACGCACCGCCAGAGAGGGGGUAUGGAGCUAUCCCGAGCCUGGACAUGCUCCGCAGCCCAAGCGCAAGUUGUCCGAAGCCCAUGACCCCGAGCCUGAGCGACUACGCAAGCGGAUGUCUCUAUGGAUGCCCAAAGUGAGAGGGCGGCCUAGAAAGCAGGUUGCCAACGAAUAUGACUUGACGCUAGAUGGUACCCCGCCGCGCAGGGCAACAACACCGCCAGUCAAGCCCUAUAGUGAUGGCGACUUGAAUAUCCAAGCAUCAGAUCUUGAGAUCAAUGGCACAAUCAGUGGUAAGCGGAAGCGUAGGUGUCUCGAGCUCCGCGGCGCUGCCGACUACGCAACUUCACUCACGCCGUCCCAAGACGCCCAAGAAUUAUCAUUAUUGGAGUCAUUACGAUCAGAGUGUGCUUCCCUGGGCUUACAAGGAGGUGCUUCAUAUGUGCGCCAGGAAGAAGUUUUGCUGAGAAUGUUGAAGACCAGAGGCAUGCUGUGGCGAGACAUUGCUCAAUACUUUCCCUACCGAAACAGAGCUUCAAUUCAGAAUCACUGGCAGCGCAUGCUCAGGCCUGGAGCUCCAGAGAUAGAUGUUGACAUUCAUUCGAAAAGCAGCAAGAAGAAGCCUGAAGAAAACGACGGGGAGAGUGAGAUGCAACCGACACGUCAGCCUGUGGCGGCCAAGCGUGAUGAGCGUGAGAAACUCAUGGCUGAAACAAGAGAUGGAAGCGUUGUCCGAAACCCAGGCACUGAUUCUAUGGAAUCUGUCCCCGAACCUCCGGCACAGGUGGAAAGGGAUGGCGAUGACGAUGACGAUGACGAUGACGAUGACGAUGAGAGCGACCAAGAGCGAAUUCAUGAACAUCAACCUCUAUCAGAGGUUCACAAGUGGCAGCUCAUGGGUGGCUCCGAUCUAAGUAUAUCUGAUCCCACAACAUCUCGGAAUCUCCGAGCGGGGCCGUUUGACAAGUCCGGUGCAUCGCCUACGAACGCUCGUUGUCCAACUGGUAGCCCACAGCCUGUGGUCCCAAGUAGUAGCUCAAAUGUAGCACUUGACACACCCGAUGUAGGAGGUCGAAGUUCCCACUAUCGAGAAACCGAUCAGCCAUCCGCGGCAUCCGCUAAAGCUCCUAGCCCAUUCGCCGCCGAGAUUCCGGCGGCGAAUGGUGAACAAUGCGAUGAACUGGUAUCCGUUGGAGCUUCUCCCUCAUCACUCACAAAUAGAGGCGAUGGGCCGUUUUCAACGAGUCCAGGGAAGAUCCACAUGACCCCGACGAAUCGUUCAGACCGCGCGAGACCAGAAAAAUUGGCGAGCCGACCGUCUGUGUCGAAAUCGACGCCAAGAGGAUCGGCGGAUCCUCGUGAUGGUGAGCAUAGCUCCUUCAAAUCAGCGAGGAAAUCUGCUGUGAACACACCGUCAUCUGGUGUGCCAACGGGCAGGAAUGGCACCACUCAUACAACGAUCCAAUCUCCGAUGCGGUUGAAGACCCCGGUGGCCAGAAAAUCCACAGUUGGGCCACAUGGGAGCAUGACGAAGUCUAUAAAGGGUCAGCACAGAGUUGUGGAAACACAUGUGCGGGAAAUCGAUGACUCAGAGGACGAGCUUGCGUGA